UUGAUCAUAUAAGUUUUCAAUUAUGUGAUCAUCUAAAUUAUAGAGAAUUAACUUAUUUAUUUAGAUUGGAUCAUUCGGAUAAAUUAAAUCUCCAAAACUAGUAUGUUAAUUUUAUGGUUCUUACUAAAAUCAAGUCUUACGCGAGAAGCAGAGGUUAUUCAAGACAUUGUUAAGGACCUCAAGAAUAGAUUAUACAUAUCUUCAAGGAGUCCUUUGCCACAAGACCAGGAAUUUUAUCCAGAGCAGCCAAACCACUCCGAAAUCCCCCUACAAGCCAUAAAGAAUUGUACCCAAGACUUCAAUGAAAGAAAUUUCAUUGGAAAAGGUGGAUACGGAAGAGUCUACAAGGGAAUCCUCACCUAGGGGGAUCAUGUAAACAAGCUAGUCGUUGUAAAACGGCUAGAGAUGGAUAAUAAUCAAGGUAACAAAGAGUUCCAAACCGAGCUCACAAUGCUUUCACAAUAUCAACAUCACAACAUUGUAACCCUUAUUGGGUUUUGUAAUGUUAACAAUGAGAUGAUCCUUAUUUACGAAUACGCAAGCAAUGGAAGCCUCGACACCUAUUUGCUUAACCCUUCCUCUCAACUUUCAUGGCUACAACUCCUCAAAAUAUGCAUCGACGUUGCUUUUGCAUUGGACUAUCUUCAUAAUCAUGUUGCACAAAAACACAGAAUAAUACAUCGCGAUAUUAAAAGUGCAAAUAUUUUGUUGGAUGAAAAUUUGAAUGCAAAACUUGCGGAUUUUGGGUUGGCUAAGAUAGGAUUAGCUAAUCAACAAAAUAGUUUUGUGAUAACUAAUAUUGCGGGGACAUAUGGUUACAUGGACCCACAAUAUGGAAGAACAGGGUUUUUAACAAAAGAAUCGGAUGUUUAUUCUUUUGGUGUGGUUUUGUUUGAAGUUUUGUGUGGAAGGGUGGUGUGUGUAGAUUACAAUGAUGAGCGGAAAUUUCUCUUUCAUUAUGCUCCAACUUGCUACAAAAACGGUGAUAUGGAAAAGAUUGUUGAUCGAAGAAUAAGGAAAGACAUCAAUCCAAUAACGUUGCUCAAGUUUACAGCUACUGCUUAUCAAUGCUUGCAAGAAACUCGGGAACACCGGCCUACAAUUGCUGAGGUUGUGUUCCAACUAAAGGAGGCAAUGGAAAUUCAAUUAGAAGAUGAGAUCCUCGGAUGAACUACACUUCAUGAAUCGAGUUCAGAAUAUUGAUGAUAUCUCUCUUUUUUUUCUUCAUUUUCAGUUUUAUGCUUUUGUUUUCUUUUUCUUCUUUUUUUGUACCAUUUCCGUGUAGCAAUUAUGUAACUUGUAGAUUAUAAUCCUUGUUCAUUUCAUCCCCUUGUGUUUUUCGCCUUCUUCCAAACUUUCACUUUGUGUUUUUGUUUUUGCAUUGUGUGCGUUCCCUUUUACUUUUGUACACUAUGCUGUGUAAUCUUUUUACUCUUUAUUGCGCUUUUUUUUUCAAAAGCAACUAUAUUUAAGUGUACUUGCAAUAGAAAAGUUGUAUACUAUGUAACUUA